AUGCCGCAGGAGAUCUCCCCGCCGCCGUCCUCUCCACGUGUGCUCCGCUCCCUCAACACCCGGCAGCUGGUCCAGGUCGUGUUCUGUAACCGGUCGAAGCGCAUGGUGCAGCCCAUAUGGGUCAACUUCCAGGGGGCUCCGCAACCCUACCCGAUCCUACCGCCCGAAACAGGCCGGAGGAUGAACACCUAUCUCGGUCAUAUCUGGAUGUUCCGGGAAAUGGACACCGAUCUACCGAUGAUGGUUAACAAUAAGGAACUCUAUAUACCCACCCCCCAACGUGGGCGAUCAGCCGGCAUCUGUCAUCAUCUGUACACCAGUUUAUACUCUGAAAGACCUCUGCCUGCAGCUCAUCCGAAGCCUAGUGAGACCACAAGACUUCAGGAAGCUGGAUAUCGUGACAUCUUUGUACGACGAUCUGGAAAACAUACCCUGCGUGGGAAAGGAUUUACGCCAACUAUCGAUUCGUUACUGGGAGUUGGCCACGUAUGACAGCUCCUGA